AUGACAUCCACAUUGGCCCGGACUUUCCUCUCGCGCUCUUUUGUGGCCGCGCGCCAGACACUCGUGCGCGCGCCUCGGCCAGUUGUGCACUCGGCAUAUGUCACUUCUGGAAUCGCCUCGCCGACGAGGUGGUACUCAUCCCCUCCGAACCCCGACUCGCCCGUCCUCGGCGCACCUGAGAAGGAGGCAGAGGGCGGGAGUACCGGCAAACAACCUAUUGGGAAGAUCGAGCCACGCCUCUCGCUCACGUUCACUUGCCAGGCCGGACCGGAGAAGGGUAAUCCCGUGUGUGGGCACCGGUCGACGCACGAAUUCAAGCGCCACUCGUACGAAAAGGGGGUUGUUCUCAUCCAGUGUCCCGAAUGUAAGGCGCGGCACUUGAUUGCGGACAACUUGGGGUGGUUUAAUGAAGUCACUGGCGACGGCAAGCAUAAGAAUGUCGAGGACCUGGUCAAGUCAAAGGGCGAGAAGGUUACGCGUGGUCGUGUCAACUUUGACGGCGACAUUGAGUAUGCGCCAGAGUAA